AUGUUGGUUGGUCUCUUGUGGAAAAGGGUAUGCAAGGCAAUAUCACUUCUUAAUGAUCAAGAGACCAAAUUGUACAUUGCAACUGCUGGAAGGUUAAGGUUGCAACCUCCCCUCCCACCAGAUGGAAAAGUGGAUCUCCGUGGACGACCAUCGAUUUCUUCUAGAACUGGGAAACAGAAAGCUUGCUGUUUCGUACUUGUUUACCAAGUAUUGGAAAGAUUUGCCUACUAUGGGAUAGGUGCCAAUUUGGUGAAUUAUAUGACAACCCAACUCCACAAAGACUCGGUAUCAUCAGUAAGCAAUGUGAAUAACUGGUCAGGAACAUUAUGGAUAGCUCCAAUUCUUGGUGCUUACGUAGCAGAUUCUUACACGGGUCUCUUUUGGACAAUUAUUAUUUCCUUGCUCAUAUAUGCCAGAGGACUUGGGCUUCUAGUCCUGACAAGUUCAUUGAAGUGCUUGAGGUCAACAUGUACAAAUAGAAUUUGCAACAAAGCAUCAAAUUUGCAAGUAAUAUUACUCUACGUAUCACUAUACACUAUAGCAAUUGGCAGUGGUGCAGUGAAACCCAAUAUUUCAACUUUUGGUGCUGACCAAUUUGAUGACUUCAACACCAAAGAAAAAGAGAUAAAAGUUUCAUUCUUCAACUCGUGGUCGUUUAGCACUUGCUUGGGCAUUUUAUUAGAACCUCUGCUAGUUGUGUACAUUCAAGACAGAUUUGGAUGGGGAUUAGGAUACGACCUAUCAGUUAUUGGGCUUCUACUUUCCAUUAUAAUCUUCUUUAUGGGCACCCCAAUAUAUAGCUAUAAAUCUGGAAAGGAGAGGAACCCUACAAUGGACUUUAUCAAAGUCCCGGUUGGUUGCUUUGGCAAUGUGAUCUUCACGAUCACACCUAUAGCUAUAGCAGAAAAAUAUGCAGUCUAUAUAAAAGGAUUUCUACUCUCUCUUUUUUUCAUUGGACCUUGA